UGCGCAUGCUUUAUUUCUUCUUCCUGUUCGUCGACCAUCGUAAAAUUCAUCUAAUCUAGACCUAAAAGUGACAAAGCGGGAAUGUAUAAAAAUACAUCGAGAUAUUUUAAACACCAGAUUCACUUGACAUCAAGUAACAUCUAAUCUAAAGCCUCAACACAUUCUGGUUAGUUAAGAAAAAUCAAAAUGAAGGCAAACAGGGGUAGAGAAAGAAAAAGUCGACUGAAAAGAACUAGAUCAACCACUAUGAUUGAGAUUGUCAAACCUCCUGCAGACUCAAGAGGCUACAGGGUCGUCAUAUUACCUAAUGGGAUAACUGCUAUGCUAAUCUCAGAAGCGUCUGACUUUAAACAAGAGGGCAUCAAAAAUGCAGACACUGAUAGUGAUCAUUACAUUGAAGAUGGAGAGGCUGCUGCAGCUUUGUGUAUUGGAAUUGGCAGCUUUUCAGACUUGCCAGAAAUACCAGGCUUUGCUCAUUUUAUGGAACACAUGGUGUUUAUGGGAAGUAAGAAAUUUCCCAAAGAAAACUAUUGGGAUGAUUUCUUGGCACAGAAUGGUGGAGACUCAAAUGCAUGGACAGAUUGUGAACGGACUUGCUUCUUUUUUGUUUGCCAACAAAGCUCUUUUUUGAAAGCAUUGGAUAUUUUUGCUCAUUUUUUCAUUAGUCCUCUAUUUAACAAGCAGUCAGUGGACAAAGAAAUAAUGGCAGUUGACAAUGAGUUUCAGAUGGUGGCCAGCAAUGACAAUGAGAGAAUGAGAAGUGUGAUAUCUUAUGAACUUGUGGAGCCUGGACAUGUGCUGGGCAAGUUUAUGGCAGGCAACAAAAAGUCCCUGAAAGAUGACCCCGAGAGGAACAAUAUCAAUGUUUAUGAACAGCUUCACACUUUCUAUAAUAGAAUGUACUCUGCUCAUUACAUGACCCUAGCUGUCCAUUCUAUUGAAGAUCUUGAUUCAAUGGAGCAUCAAGUUAUUAAAAUAUUUUCAAACAUUCCCAACAAUCAUAUACCACGCCCUAAAUUUAUCAAGCCACCUUUCCAGGAGAAAAAAUUGAAUGCGCUUGUAAGAGUGGUGCCUAUAGCUGAUGUACACAAAAUGGAAAUAGUCUGGGCCCUGCCACCACUGAUGGAGCAUUACAGAGCAAGAGUUAUUGAGUAUCUGUCUCUACUGCUGGGUCAUGAGGCUGCAGGAAGUAUUCUCUCAGUUUUACAUAGAAAACAUUUAGCCUUAGAGUUAUCUGGUGGCAAUGACAUGACAGGAUAUACCCACAAUUCCACAUGGUCAGCAUUCAUUAUCUCUGUCAAACUCACAGAGCUGGGAAUCAGUCAAUUUGAACAGGUUUUGGAGAUAAUAUUUCAGUACAUCAAACUUCUGAAGGUUUCACUUCCGGGACAUGUAUUUGAAGAGCAGAAACAUAUACAAGAAACUAAAUACAUCUUUAAAGAGCAGGAAUCUAUUUAUAGUUAUGUAGAAGAACUGGCAGAAAACAUGCACCUGUUCCCACCAGAGCAUUAUCUUUGCGGUAGAGAUCUUUUCUUUGAAUACAAUGAACAGCUAAUCAGAGAUUGCCUUGACUUUUUGCGUCCUCGGGGAAUGUUGGUCAUGCUGUUUAAUAAGGACUAUCAGUCACUUCCAAGUCAGAGUGUGGAGCCUUGGCUGGGUACCAAGUACAUGGUGAAAAGUAUAGAUGAUAAUCUGAUACAGCAAUUGGAAAAUGUGAAACUCAACCCUGACUUGAAUGUUCCCAUUCCAAAUCCAUAUAUUGCUACAGAUUUUGGGUUGAAGAAAAUAAAAAAGGCAACAAAGUUUCCUGUAGUUGUGAUGAAUGAGCCAGGCAUCAGGAUCUGGUACAAGAAAGAUAACAAGUACCACAUGCCCACAGCUUAUAUUUACUUUCACUUUAUCAGUUCAGCAAUCUCCAGGAAUCCAGUAAAUGUUGCUUUAGGUGAUGUGUAUCUAACUCUGCUACUACAAAUGCUUACUGAGACAUUGUACAAUGCCACCUUGGCAGGUUUUGAGUAUUCAAUUGAAGGUACCCCUGAAGGAAUUAUAUUUAUACUUGGUGGAUACAGUGAGAAAAUCAAGCUUGUUGUUACUGACACAGUCAAAGUGUUUCUGGACUUCCAGCCCAAUGAAGACAGCUUUGAUUCCGUUUUAACUCAUCUUAAACAAGUAUAUGUCAAUGAGUUAAUCAAACCAGUAGAGCUGGCCAGAGCAGUGAGAUAUUCUGUGUUGGAGCUGAAAGAUCCAUCAUUACAGCAGAGGUAUCAGCAUAUGCACAACAUUUCCUACCCCAUGCUGCUGGAUUUCAUUGAGGAGUUUUACAGUUCCUUGUUCAUAGAAGGUUUUGUCACAGGAAAUGUCCUACCUCAAGAAGCCAUUGAUGUUGGAAAAAUGGCUUUUCAAAUUAUCAGGCAUCCAUUGAGUAGUGAUUCUUUACCCAAGCCCAACAUGAUGGAGCUUCCUGUUGGGGAUUUUAAAAUUUUUCUUUCUGCUAUCAACAAAGAGGACACCAACUCCUGUGUAGUUCAUUACUUCCAAUUAGGUUUAGGCAAUGUCUAUAACAUCUGUCUGAAUGACUUAUUAUAUGCUGCUAUGAAUGAGCCUUUGUUCAAUGUUUUGAGAACUGAGUAUCAGCUGGGAUAUAGUGUCUACUGUCAGCCAACUAUAACACAUGGCAUUCUGGGAUUUCUAAUAGCUGUUGAGAGCCAGGCUAAUAAGUUCAGUAUGAAAUCUAUUGAUGAACUCAUGACCAAGUUCUUAGUGGAUUUUGAAAAGACUUUGUCAGAUACUCCAGAUGAACAAUUCAAUGAAAUGGUAAGAACUCAAAGUUCAAUCCGUGCUGCUGAAGAUGCUGACAUGUAUGAUGAGUCUAAUAACUUUUGGCAAGAGAUUGUCAAACAGAGUUAUUGUUUUGAAAGGGUCAAGUUAGAGUAUGAUGCUAUGCAGCAUAUCAAUAAGGCUAGUGUAAUGAGCUGGUUAAAAAAUCUUGUUGGUGAUAACAAGCGAAAAUUAUCAAUUAUGGUGGAAGGCUGUUGUCAUUCUACUGUGGAAGCACCUCCUCCGCCACCAACCUCUUUGUUGGAUAGUCCACUGAAAGGCAUACGGUCUCUCAUCCAGGACUUGAAAAACAAUAAAACCUCAGGGUCCAAGCUGCCCAGUACACUGAAUGAGUUAACUAAAUGUCAGAACCUCCUGGAGGUCCAUCACUUUGGUGAGAACUAUAUAGCCAACCUGGCUGACUUUAAGCUACAUCUCAAGACAUUACCUUAUCACAUCAUUAACAAGUGAUUAGUGUCAUAACUCCAACCUGAUCAACACACUCUGCAAACAUCUUAGGUCUGUUGUGCAAUGUAUUACAUUCUAGUCUCAAAAGAUAAGAAUUUCUCAUGACUAAAAUAACUGUGAUAUGUACUGCUAGUCUUUCAUAAACAAAUGUUCACUUGAUGCCUUAGUGCUGAUGUUUCAUUUUUUAUUUUUUUUUACUUUAUAAGGGUUGUGUUAUAACAAAAAACAUUUGACUAAAUGGAGAUUGGUCUAAGUUUUAUUAAUCAACUGUCAAUAUAUAAAUGUAAAUCUUUUAUUUGAUGAUUGAAGUAAAUAAAACAUGUUGAAACAAACCUAGUUACUUAUAUAAUAUCACAUAAGAAUCAUUUUUAGUUCUAUUUGAUUUCAAUAGUAAAUUCACAGAAUUUAUAUUUAUUAUUAGUUCAUUGUAUUUAAUUUUAUCCAUUGUAUUAGUUUAUCCACUCCAACGAACAGUUCUCACAAAUUUUCCACUGUUUGCAAUAAUUUUGAAUACUAGUGACAUCAUUUGAAAUCCCAUUGAACAAUUACAGUUAUAAAUAUAUGUAGUGACUGUAACCGUAUUUCAUUUCUUUACAUUGUUCAAAUUGUAAGAUUUUUUAUUAUUUUCUAAAGUAAACAGAAGUUCCAAAAUUAUAACGACAGACACACACAUGCAGAUUGAAAUUUACCUCAAAUUUUCUUUUUUUGAAAUUUCUACUUAUUUUAUCUUAAUAUAAUUAGUAGACAUAAUUUUUUAUAUGAAAUUACAACUUAUCUGUAAAAGUCAAUUGCAGUCUAUUAUGUAUAUUGGUACAAUAAAGAAAGAAAACAAUAUUUUAUAACAGUCUAUUAAUAAUCAAUAUUUUUUUUAAUUUUCUCUCAAUACACUAUUUGAAUUCUUUUAAGAACUACAGUUUCACAUUUGGACUAAAACGUUUGCCCCUAUUCUACAUUAUUCAAAGGGCCAUUAUCACACAAGUAUCAAGCAUAUAUUUCUCUGCAAUGGACAAUCUGGGUUUCACUCAGACAAAAACCAAUUUCAUAUGAUGAGGACUGUCAGUCAAAAUGUAUGUUGUUAUAACCUAAUUAGGAGGUGCGGUGGCUAACUGGUAAAGCACUUGGAUUCUAAACCAGGGUUCAAGGUUCAAAUCCUGGGAUUUUUAAUUUCUGUAUCUUUGGGUGCCUCUGAGUCCACCCAGCUCUAAUGGGUACCUGACAUUAAUUAGGGAAAAGUAAAGGCAUUUGGUUGUUGUGCUGACCACAAUGAUACCCUCGUAAACUGUAGGCCACAGAAAUGGGCGACCUUUACAUCAUCUGCCUUAUAGACCACAAGGUCUAAAGGGGAACUUGACUUUUUAUGACUUAAAAUGAAAACAGUUGUAAAUUUGGUAUUUUUAACCAUUUUGAUUUUUGGAUUACAUCCCUUUACAAACAUACCUAAGAUUUCUCUGUGAUUGUCUUUAAAGAAUCUUAUAACCUGAUUAUUUAAAAGAUUGUGCAAGUUUACAUUAGUUGUGUACAAGUGUGCUUGAAAUCCAGCACAUAAAAACCUAUGGAUAUAAUGAAAAGAAAAACUUAGCUAACAUCUUCCGUAAGAAAAGUAAUGAGUAUAAUGUAGCUAGAAUCUAAUUCAUUAAAAGCUAAAAAAAAAUUGUCAUAUGUACCCAUUAGUCUGCAUAAAUCUCUUGAUCUCUGAUUCAUAUUUAUUUGUAUCUAUAUCACUGUGUGUUAGAUCUUCUUUAUCCCACCCUUAUCUUUAUUUUUACUGCUGAAGUUCAGUAAUAACAGCUUUUACCAAAGAUCCCCUUCCUUCAAAAAAAAUUGUUAGCUUUUUUUAAAAGUUUUUUUGUAACAAAUUUGUGCUUUUUCAGUUUCUCUGAACAUAUUGUCACAAGUUUUGUUGAAUCUCUUCUGAUAUAAAUGAAAUUAUAAAAGCUUUUGUAAAGACAAUCAGGUCCCUCAUUAUUCAAAGGAGUUAUAUAACAUCAGCCCCAAAAUUGUAUUAUACUCAUACUUCCUAGGGUGACUAUAAGGAGCUUUGAAGUUUCCCUUUCAUAGAUAUUUCUUUUAACUCUUGUUACAGAGCAUUUCAUGAAGUCAUCCUAGAUAAGGUAUGAAAUGUCAAGGGGACUGUGAAUAUUGAUAAGUAAAAUGUUAAUUGCUAAUGACAUGAUAAAAUGAAUUUUAGAAGUCUUAAGAAAAAAAAAAGAACAAAGAAUUAUUUAGAAAUAAAACAUUGUUCAUUGUUAGUUACACUGUCAUGAUAGCAAAAACUAUAUUUACCUUUAGAAACAAACAAUAUAUACAAAUUACAAAUAAAUAAUAGUCAUGUUUGUAUUAUGCUAUUUUCACAUUGUUUUUUAUAUAAAACAUGCUAUUGUUAAAAAAACCCCUUGUUCUUAAUAAAUUUUCUCUUUUGGACUUCACAUAAAACACUUGAAAAACAAUUUAAUCUUUGGAAAAAUGAAGCUAAUUAAAUUAUUAAAUAAUUAAAUUUUAUAUAUAUACACUUAAAAAAGAAAAGAUAUGUAGAAAUUUGAAUGUUAACAAGAUGUAAAUUGCAAACAAGAUGUUCAUUAGCUUUAGGUGUUCAUUGAUUCACAUGAAGUAAUAUUGAUAUGAUCAAUAGCAUUUAGUAUUCCUUUCUUAAGUCAUAAGCAAUAAUGCUGACAAAAUUAAAACAUAAAUAUCACUUGUUUCAAAAUAACACUUUUCAAAUUAAUUAUAUAUAAUAUAUAUAUAUAUAUAUAUAUAAUAAAAAUAAUACAAUAAUUACAAAUAACAAUAUAUAAUGGGAGCAAAGAAUUUGUGAUAGGUCACAAAAUAUACAUUCAUACCCCAGUUUUAAACAUUAAAUGUAACAACAGUAAGUUAGAUUUUGUUCAAUGAUUUAAAAGCCAUAGCAUGUGAUCAGUGUCUUCUUUUAUAUGGUCUUUGUGACUUUGAUGCUUAAAAAUUUUAUAGCUUUCUAUCUUCUAUCUCAAAUAGGUGUUCAAGUGCAGUUUGUUUGUUGCCUAUGAUCGCACAGCAGCAUUUAGAAUUUUAUGAAGUCUAUAUGCAUAAAUACAUACAGUUUAAUAGUAAAAGUAAAAGAUAGGCUAUAAAAAAAUGUAUACAGUAAAAUAUCUGAAUUGAAUACAAUUCAAUAAAAUACUGCUGCAGAUUAAAAAAUUGAAUGGCCAGAAUUCUUUUGUAAUGCUACUGGAAAACAAAAGGGCCUUAGUUUUCAUUAGUCUUAUCCACUAAAUGAAAAAAAUGUGUAAACACUGAGAUAGUGAUAGUUCAGAUAUUGUAACAAAAUAAAAUAAUUAGUUAAAGAAUUUCAUGUUAUAGAGACAUACUCUUCAAUAAAAAAUACUACAAAACUUUU